AUGUUAGGAGAAGUUGACGUUCCCCUUAGAAUAUCCCCAUUUCAGGCCAUAACCGGGAAUCGGAUUGACGAUUGCGCGUCAAUUUUGGCAUGUAUUGGUGACACAAAAACGUCCCCGUCCGAAUUGGCCGACAGCCAACAAAAAGCCGUACUGCAAACAUGGUGGAAUCUGGUGCAAGCGUUUUGGAAAAAAUACGGACCUGAUCCGAUCAAGGACGACAAGCUGACAGAGGCCAUGAAACAAUGGUGUACCGAAGUGACAAAAGACUACGAAGAGGUGUCUGUUUGUGAUUUUACAUCGUCGUGGCGUGAUGGCUUUGCAUUCAACAUUCUUCUCCACAAUUUCGAUGACAAACUGGUGGAUUUGGAGAAAAUCUCUCAAAGCACAGCCGGAGAACGUUUAGAAAACGCCUUUGCUACGGCUGAGCAGAACUUUCAUGUCGCUCGAUUGUUACAAGUUAAAGGUUAG